AGGAGGCACCCGGUAGUUCUGUGCGCUGAUUUUCGCUGAAAUUAUGACACUUUGGGCCGGUAUCGGCUGGAGUUGCCCAACUGUUCAAGUGCAUCGUCUUUAAUUCACUCGAUAUCCGUCGGUUUCCAGGUGAGCAUGUGCGUACUUUCGCGAGCGCCGCCACCGGGAGGAGAGGAGACGCGCGCGGCUGGGAUGUGACUCUGCCUCGGGUCGCUUAUGGAAUAUAGCCCGGUGUGUCACAGCUGGUCCGCGAAGAAGAAGACAGUCCUCCUCGGCGUCAUGUUUCUAAUCUGGCUCUACAUGUUCUACUCGUGCGUGGGCUCCUGCGCCACGCUGCCAACUCUCGCGGCGGACCUCCGCACCAGAGACACCGGAGGCUCGGCGUCCGGCAAGAGGACCGACGUGACGGACCUGAUGUCCCGGCUGAUGGCGAAGACGCAGCCUUGGGAGGAUGUCGAUUACGAGGAGCCAGUCCGGACCGCAUCGUCCAGGGACCUGCUGAACAACGAAGUGGAGGCAGAGAGAAGCGAUGACUGGGACGAUGGCAGAGCGGAGGUCCGAGCACCGGAGCCCAGCGCCAUGUCCAGCUUCUCCAACGGCUCCGGGAGCAAGAAGCUGCCGCAGGCGAUCAUCAUCGGGGUGAAGAAGGGAGGCACCCGGGCGCUGCUGGAGUUCCUGCGGGUUCACCCGGACAUCAGAGCCGUGGGGGCCGAGCCGCACUUCUUCGACCGCAACUAUGAUAACGGGUUGGACUGGUACAGAGACUUGAUGCCCAAGACACUGGAGGGCCAGAUCACCAUGGAGAAAACUCCCAGCUACUUUGUGACCAAAGAGGCUCCAGCGCGGAUCUCAGCAAUGUCUCGCGACACCAAGUUGAUCGUGGUGGUGAGGGACCCGGUCACCAGAGCCAUCUCAGACUACACACAGACUCUGUCCAAGAAGCCCGACAUCCCGUCAUUUGAGAGCCUCACCUUCAAAAACAGGACUACGGGUCUCAUCGACACGUCUUGGAGCGCCAUCCAGAUUGGCAUCUACGCCAAGCACCUGGACAACUGGCUGCAGUACUUCCCCAUGGAGCAGAUUCUGUUCGUCAGCGGAGAACGGCUGAUCAGCGACCCGGCUGGGGAACUCGGCCGAGUACAGGACUUCUUGGGCCUGAAGCGGAUCAUUACUGACAAACACUUUUACUUCAAUCAAACCAAGGGAUUCCCCUGCCUCAAGAAGGCGGAGGGCAGCAGCAAGCCACACUGUUUGGGCAAAACUAAAGGCCGUACCCAUCCCAACAUCGACCCAGAGGUGGUCCAGAGACUACGGGACUUUUAUAGACCCUUCAAUAUGAAGUUCUAUCAGAUGACUGGACAUCAUUUUGGUUGGGAUUGAUAAUAGCUGUGGACAUUUUUUUUUUCAUUUCACAUUUUCCAAAAAAAGAAAAAAAAAAAGAAUUAUUUUUUAAUGUAAUUCAGCAAGAUGUGGAAAUAUUCCUCUAUAUAUAUGUAAAAUGUACAGAAAUCUAUUUUAUAAUAAUUUAUUUUUAUUUCUAAGUAAUUAAUUCACUAAGCUGCCUAACCAUAUUUGUAUGUCUGACACACAUGUUGCUUUGGUUUUGACAUUCCUCGUGGCUUCCCCUGUGCAGCCCUGUUAACUCAGCAUUGAAACUAGUGGUAUUGCAGAUGAAAUCAAAGUGAAAUUCACUAUAAUACGGGUACAGACUGCGCACAGAGAAGCAAAGACUCAUCCAAUCACUGUGCUGUAUGAUUUCCAAUCAUUAUGUUCCGCUCAUUUACCCGUCAAACCACUGCAUUUGGUUGCAAUGUCCACUUUGUGACAAUGUAGGGAUAUUGAAUGAUGGUACAUUUCUAAACAAGCUGAUAUUACUAUAGAUUUUUAGACAUUUAAGUGCUCAAAUUUGGUGUGACAAGAUUGGACAUGGCGAAUGGAGAGAAAAACAACUAGCCGAAAAAAAAAGAAAAA